CUCCUGAGAGGGAGGGUGCAUCAUCCCUGUCCUGAGAUUUCACACGCUGCACACCUCCUCCAAGGUCAGGGCCACCCAAGUUGGCUCCCUCCCCUCUCCUGGUGCUGAGGUCUGGGCACCAGGCCACUGCUCACCCUGCAGGCAGAGUUAAACAUUAGUGGGAAGUUAUCAGGCGGGCUGGGGGGAGGGAGAUCAGGGACCUUCCCUCUCCAGCGUCUCCUCUGCUGGAGCCACCAGCUCCCGCCCCUGCCAGACAAUGCCUGUGGAGGAGUUUGUGGCCGGCUGGAUCUCUGGAGCUCUGGGCUUGGUUCUGGGACACCCUUUUGACACUGUAAAGGUGCGGCUACAGACCCAGACCACAUACCAGGGCAUCAUUGACUGCAUGGUUAAGACUUACCGCCAUGAGUCGCUUCUGGGUUUUUUCAAGGGAAUGAGCUUCCCCAUUGCGAGCAUAGCUGUGGUCAACUCUGUCCUGUUUGGAGUCUACAGCAACACGCUGCUGGCUCUCACAGCAACCUCCCACCAGGAGCGGUGGGCCCAGCCACCCAGCUACACGCAUGUCUUCAUGGCUGGCUGCACUGGAGGGUUCGUGCAGGCCUACUGCUUGGCCCCUUUUGACCUCAUCAAAGUCCGGCUACAAAACCAGACGGAGCCAAGGGCUCGGCCGGGCAGCCCCCCACCCCGGUACCGGGGUCCUGUGCACUGUGCAGUCUCUAUCUGCCGGGAGGACGGGCCCUGGGGGCUCUUCCGGGGAGCCUGGGCCCUGACGCUGAGGGACACCCCCACACUGGGGAUCUAUUUUGUCACCUAUGAGUGGCUCUGCCGCCAGUCUACACCAGAUCGCCAGAACCCUGGCGCAGCCACAGUGCUGGUGGCAGGGGGCUUUGCAGGCAUUGCCUCCUGGGCUGUAGCCACCCCCUUGGACGUGAUCAAGUCCCGGAUGCAGAUGGGCGGGCUGAAGCACAGGGUGUACCGGGGGGUGCUGGACUGCAUGGUAAGCAGUGCCCGGCAGGAAGGACUGGGGGUCUUCUUCCGGGGGCUUACAAUCAACAGUGCCCGCGCCUUUCCUGUGAACGCUGUCACCUUCCUCACCUACGAGUACCUCCUCAGCUCAUGGGGAUGAGCGUGGCCAGGUGAGGCCUGUAGCUCCCGGCCAGACCACUGCCCAGCCGCCCAGACUGGAGGCCAAGGUGAAAGCACCAGCUUGCGAUUCCAAUUCGAGGGGCCUGGCCUUUCCUUAAGGGUAGGCAGUGGCGGGGAGCAGCAGGAGGCCCAGGGCCCUGGACUCCGGGAAGGCAAGGCUGGCUUCGGCCACCCAGCUGCACUUGCCUGCAUUCCCACGCUCCCGGAGAGCCCGUGAAGCACACUCAUUGGCCAGUGGUGCUGGUGACAUCCCAGGGACUUCACCCUCAGAGAGCUCUCAGAGCCUGCACUCCUGGGCAGCACUCCAUCCUCCCCUGCCCCCACCUCACCUCCUUUUUAACUGCUCCACCUCAUCCCCACUGGAGAGCAGCCUGCAGUCUCCUCUGGUCCAGAAUCCUUCAGCGGCUCCCUUGGCCUCUGGGGACAAGCCCCACCUCCCCCACCCCCGGGGCCCUCCCUGCCUAUUCCCCCUCUUCUCCCUGGGGGGUUUGGCAGCCCAGCCCUGCACAGGGAUUGCAAACUGGACUAUCCUUGGCCUUGGCCGGGAAGGCUUAUUCCCUCCUGGCCGGAGGGGGCAGCGCCCACACGGUGACUCCAUCUCUCCUUGGCUGAACCUGCUCCUGGGCCCAGGCUGAGCACCUCUCCUGGAGUCCUUCCUGGCGAGCACAGGAGUCUCCCUUGCCCCCACUGGCUGUGGGUUUUCACACCACCUCCACCGGGCCCCUGGUCCCUCCCACAUCUCCCACAGGCCAAGAUCACAGCCCUCCCUGUGCUUUGCCGUGGUUGUUGGGUUGUUGUUUUGAUUCUCAACCUAACCCCAUUAUACCGAGAGCUCCUUGAGGUCGGGCGUCAGACUUACAAUGGGAUCCCCUACUCCAACCACCACACCUGUUCCCUGGGUCCUGUCUCCGCCCCCACGUUUCCACUGAGAGGUUUGGCCUGCCUGGCCCCUCUCGGAGCCAUCUCUGGUGGCGUGGUGCCAGGAGUCGGGGCCGCUUUUCCAGGGUGUCUGCCUGGCCCACUCUCAUUGAUGGUGCUUGUUUGCUUUACCCACCUCAACUGCUAAAUGGCAAUUAAAAGCUGGCCAAGAAGGUUUACUUGAUUGGCAAUAAAGAUGAGCAGAGUUUGUA